UCACAUCCAUUGCUUCAACUCCUUCAAGACUCACUCCCUUCUCUUCAACCUUUUCAUUGCCAUUUAACCCGAAAAAACUCGAUACAGGGAUCAACGAUGGCUCUUUCGAAGAAUCCGUACACAUACACAAGGAUGGAUUUCGAAGACCCGGAAGAGAAAAAGCACCGGAAAGCGCAGUUCCUGAUCUACAAAGUGCUGGAGCGAGCCGACGCUCAGAGGAGGCCCUCGCUCCUGAGAGGGCGGUCGAGCCGGCUGAAGGUGAAGAUCGGGCGGCGGUUGAAGAGGUCGAGGAAGCGGAUGGCGCUGAUGGUCUUGGCCGCGAGAGUCGCCGUUUAUAGGCAGAUCAUGUAUCGGCUGAGGAGCUUGGAAGCUCUCGUCUGGCCUUGCAGAGUCCAAGCCAAUGAUCAGCCUCCAACCUUUUAAAUGUCUCAAUAUGCUUCAUUUUGCCUUGUACUCUUUCUUGCAAAACUACCGCUUAGAAGUAUCCUUUCUUUACGUUUUGGGUUUGAACUUUCUGAGAUCAUUUUUU